GCUAUAGCAACAGCUCUCUCACACACACACACACACAAAAAAAACGGGAUUUGACAACAUGGCGAACUUUUUCUGGGAAAAGCGUAUUUUUGGACAGUGAGAAACUUGUCAAACUCCUUGGGAUAACAGUUUACACCAAACUCCCUAACUCGCCCCACGGUUAAAACAGGCGGCGUAAGAAUCGGACAGACUGUGCCGAAGGUGGUUUUCUUUUCUUUUUUUUUCCGCUGUGAAGAAUGUAACAUAGAAUGAAAGUUGCCCGUUGGAAUAGCUGGAUAUUAAAGCACGAGAAAGCAGGAUGGAGAAGCAAGCAGCGAGACGAGAGAAGUUUUCGGUCUUCGGAGCCCGCGGGCUGGGUGUGAGGAGCAGCGCGGGCCCCAGCCUCAGCAAAGCCGAGUUCAUCGAGAAAGUGCGCCAGAGCAACCAGGCCUGCCAGCGGGGCGACUUCCAGCUGGCCAUCCGCCUCUACACUGAGGCCCUGGAGGCCGACCCCCAGAACUGCAUCCUCUACAGCAACCGCUCCGCUGCCUACAUGAAGGUGCAGGAGUACCACACCGCCCUGGACGACGCCAUCAAAGCCAGGCUGCUCAACCCCAAAUGGCCCAAGGCAUACUUCCGACAGGGCGUUGCCCUCCAGUAUCUUGGGCGGCAUGCAGACGCUCUGGCAGCGUUCGCCUCAGGCCUGGCUCAGGAUCCCAAGAGUCUGCAGCUGCUGGUUGGCAUGGUGGAGGCCGCCAUGAAGUCUCCUUUACGAGAAUCGCUGGAGCCCACCUAUCAGCAGCUGCAGAAGAUGAAGCUGGACAAGAGUCCGUUUGUGGUGGUGUCUGUGAUUGGCCAGGAGCUGCUGACAGCCGGCCACCACGGCGCAUCUGUGGUUGUGCUGGAGGCCGCCCUGAAGAUCGGCACGUGCAGCCUGAAGCUCAGGGGGUCCGUCUUCUCUGCCCUCAGCAGUGCAUACUGGUCCCUGGGCAACACAGAGAAGAGCACUGGCUACAUGCAGCAGGACCUAGAAGUAGCAAAGACUUUAGGUGACCAAACCGGUGAAUGUCGAGCCCAUGGCAACCUGGGAUCGGCAUUCUUCUCCAAAGGCAACUACCGCGAGGCCCUGACCAACCAUCGGCACCAGCUGGUCCUGGCUAUGAAGCUGAAGGACAGAGAGGCAGCCUCUUCAGCACUCAGCAGCCUGGGCCACGUGUACACAGCCAUUGGGGACUACCCCAACGCCCUGGCCAGCCACAAGCAGUGCGUCCUGCUGGCCAAGCAGUCCAAAGACCAGCUUUCGGAGGCACGGGAGCUGGGCAACAUGGGCGCCGUCUACAUUGCCAUGGGUGACUUCGACAACGCUGUGCAGUGCCACGAGCAGCACCUGGGCAUUGCCAAAGCCCUGGGCAACAAGCGGGAGGAGGCCCGGGCCUACAGCAACCUGGGAAGCGCCUACCACUAUCGCCGCAACUUUGACAAGGCCAUGUCCUACCACACUCACGUGCUGGAGCUGGCGCAGGAGCUGGCAGAGCGGCCCAUCGAGAUGCGGGCCUAUGCGGGCCUGGGCCACGCGGCUCGCUGCAUGCAGGACCUGGAGCGAGCCAAGCAGUAUCAUGAGCAGCAACUGGCCAUCGCAGAGGGGCUGAAGGACAGGGCAGCUGAGGGCCGAGCGUCUUCCAACCUGGGUAUAAUUCACCAGAUGAAAGGAGAUUAUGAGACUGCACUGAAACUCCACAAAACUCAUCUCUCCAUUGCUCAGGAGCUCAGCGACUACGCUGCCCAAGGUCGGGCGUAUGGCAACAUGGGGAACGCCUACAAUGCCCUGGGUAUGUUUGACCAAGCCGUCAAGUACCACCGCCAGGAGCUGCAGAUAUCCAUGGAGGUGAAUGACCGCGCGUCACAAGCCUCCACCCAUGGGAACCUGGCUGUGGCGUACCAGGCCCUGGGAGCCCACGACCGCGCCUUACAGCACUACCAAAACCACCUCAACAUUGCGCGUGAGCUGCGUGACAUUCAGAGCGAGGCCCGAGCCCUCAGCAACCUGGGCAACUUCCACUGCUCCCGAGGGGAGUUCCCUCAGGCUGUGCCCUACUAUGAGCAGUACCUGCGGCUCUCUCCCGAGCUCCAGGACAUGGAGAGUGAGGGCAAGGUCUGCCACAACCUGGGAUAUGCCCACUACUGCCUGGGCAACUUCCAGGAGGCGGUGAAGUAUUACGAGCAGGACCUGGCCUUGGCCAAGGACCUCCAUGAUAAACUGAGCCAGGCCAAGGCCUACUGCAAUCUGGGCCUGGCGUUCAAGGCCCUGGGAAACUACGGUAAGGCAGAGGAGUGCCAGAAAUACCUCCUGUCUCUGGCUCAGUCCCUCAAUAACUCACAGGCUCGUUUCCGGGCGCUGGGCAACCUUGGCGACAUCUUUGUGUGUAAGAAGGACGUGAAUGGGGCUAUCAAGUUCUACGAGCAGCAGCUGUCGCUAGCCCACCAGGUAAAGGAACGCAAGCUGGAAGCCAGCGCCUAUGCUGCACUGGGAGCCGCCUACAGGAUGAUACAGAAAUACGACAAAGCCUUGGGCUACCACACCCAAGAGCUGGAGGUUUAUCAGGAACUGAGUGACAUCCAGGGAGAGUGCAAAGCCCAUGGGCACUUGGCAGCUGUCUACAUGGCCCUAGGCAAAUACACCAUGGCCUUCAAGUGCUAUGAGGAACAGCUGGACCUGGGGCAGAAGCUGAAGGACCCCAGCAUCGAGGCCCAGGUGUAUGGCAACAUGGGCAUCACAAAGAUGAACAUGAACGUGAUGGAGGAAGCCAUCGGCUACUUUGAGCAGCAGUUGGCCAUGCUACAGCAACUGAGUGGCAAUGAGGCAGUGCUGGACCGAGGCAGAGGAUAUGGUAAUCUAGGAGACUGCUAUGAGGCGCUGGGCGACUAUGAAGAAGCCAUUAAAUACUAUGAACAAUACCUGUCUGUAGCUCAGAGCUUGAACCGGAUGCAAGACCAGGAAAAGGCUUACAGAGGCUUGGGAAAUGGUCACAGGGCUAUGGGCAACCUGCAGCAGGCUCUGGUGUGCUUUGAGAGUUUGAGACUGGCCGAACAGUUGGGCCGAAGAGAAGAUGAAGCCAAAAUCCGCCACCGUCUUGGUCUGUCUCUGUGGGCUAGUGGCAAUCUGGAGGAGGCCCAACACCAGCUUUAUCGUGCAUCAGCAUUAUUUGAGACGAUUCGCCACGAGGCCCAGCACAGCACAGACUACAAGCUGUCGCUCUUCGAUCUGCAGACCUCCUCCUAUCAAGCUUUGCAGCGGGUCCUGGUUAGCCUUGGUCACCACGACGAGGCUCUGGCAGUGGCCGAGAGGGGACGGACGCGGGCGUUUGCCGACCUGCUGGUGGAGCGGCAGACUGGGCAGCAGGACUCUGACCCCUACACCCCCGUCACCAUCGACCAGAUCCUGGAGAUGGUCAACAGCCAGAGAGGCCUGGUGCUGUACUACUCGCUGGCUGCUGGGUACCUCUACAGCUGGCUCUUGGCACCUGGGGCAGGGAUCCUGAAGUUCCAUGAGGUGUACCUGGGGGACGGGCUGGUCGAAGGUGGCACAGAUUUCCAUGAGACGAGCAGUAUCAGCCUGCAGAGUGCCAACAGCUCCACACUUGAGCAGCACAUUGCCAAUGUCCGUGAGGCGCUGGGCGUGGACUCCUACUACACCAGGGCCUGUUCCAGCAGUGAAACAGAGAGCGAAGCCGGUGACCUCCUGGACCAGCAGUUUGAGGAGCUCAACAACAAGCUCAACUCUGUCACCGACCCCACCGGCUUCCUGCGCAUGGUUAGCAGGAACAACCUCUUCAACAGGAGCUGUCAGAGCAUGACCAGCCUCUUCAGCAACACCAUGUCUCCAACCAAGGAGGGGACCUCUUCCCUGCCUCGCAGAGCCAGCUCCUUGGGCAAGCCCCCCCUCCGAGCCCUGUACGACCUCCUCAUCGCGCCCAUGGAGGGGGGAUUGAUGCACUCCAGUGGGCCGGUGGGCCGCCACAGACAGCUGAUCCUGGUGCUGGAGGGGGAGCUGUAUCUCAUCCCCUUCGCCCUGCUGAAGGGCAGCUCCUCCAACGAGUAUCUGUACGAGCGCUUCAGCCUCAUCGCUGUCCCCUCUAUCCAGGGCCUCAACCCUGCCGCCAAGGCUCACCCCAGGAAGGCCAUGCCAGCCUACUCCGGCUCCACCUCCAUGGCGGCGGUGGUUGGGAACCCGCGGCUGCCCUCCUCCGUGAUGGACCGCUGGCUGUGGGGGCCCAUGCCCUCUGCCGAGGAGGAGGCCUACAUGGUGUCCGAGCUGCUGGGCUGCCAACCGCUGGCGGGGGCGGCGGCCACCAAAGAGCGGGUGAUGAGCGCGCUGAGCCAGGCCGAGUGCGUGCACUUCGCCACGCACAUCUCCUGGAAGCUGGCCGCCCUGGUGCUCACCCCAAACGCCGAGGGGCCCCCCGGGGGCGGCAGCGGAGGCGGGAAGAGCUUCGGGAACAGCUACACCAUCCCGGAGUCGCUGCGCAUGCAGGACGACGCCAGCGACGUGGAGAGCAUCAGCGACAGCCCUCCCCUGCAGGAGUUCCUGCUCACCGCCGCCGACAUCCUGGACCUCCGGCUGCCCGUCAAGCUGGUGGUGCUCGGGUCCUACCAGGAGUCCAACAGCAAGGUGACCGCCGACGGGGUCAUCGGCCUGACCCGGGCCUUCCUGGCGGCGGGAGCCCACUGCGUCCUGGUGUCCCUGUGGCCCGUGCCCGUGGCCGCCUCCAAGAUGUUCGUCCACGCCUUCUACUCAGCCCUGCUCAACGGCAUGAAGGCCAGCGCCGCCCUGGCCGAGGCCAUGAAGACAGUGCAGAGCAGCAAGCAGUUCUCCCACCCCUCCAACUGGGCAGGGUUCAUGCUGAUAGGCAGCGAUGUGAAGCUGAACAGCCCCUCUUCCCUGAUUGGACAAGCCCUGACAGAGAUCCUGCAGCACCCUGAACGAGCCCGCGACGCGCUGAGAGUGCUGCUUCACCUGGUGGAGAAGUCUCUCCAGCGCAUCCAGAACGGCCAGCGCAACUCCAUGUACACCUCCCAGCAGAGCGUGGAGAACAAGGUGGGCGGCGUCCCGGGCUGGCAGGCCCUGCUCACCGCCGUGGGCUUCCGCCUGGACUCCGCGGGGACCGGCCUGCCCGCGGCCGUCUUCUUCCCCACCUCCGACCCCGGGGACCGCCUGCAGCAGUGCAGCACCACGCUCCAGUCCCUGCUAGGCUUGCCCCAUCCUGCCCUCCAGGCCCUGUGCAAGCUGAUCACAGCCUCCGAAACAGGAGAACAGCUCAUCAACCGGGCUGUUAAAAAUAUGGUGGGAAUGCUCCAUCAGGUCCUGGUGCAACUCCAGACGGGGGAAAAGGAGCAUGAUUUCUCUUCCACUCCAAUCCAAGUGUCCAUCAGCGUACAGCUCUGGAGGCUUCCUGGUUGCCAUGAGUUCCUGGCUGCUCUGGGCUUUGACCUCUGUGAGGUGGGACAGGAAGAAGUAGUUCUGAAGACGGGGAAGCAAGCCAACCGAAGAACCAUGCACUUUGCACUCCAAUCCCUGCUGGCACUCUUCGAUUCCACAGAGCUGCCGAAGCGCCUUAGUCUGGACAGCUCAUCUUCCCUGGAGUCCCUGGCCUCGGCCCAGUCUGUCUCUAACCCACUGCCCCUGGGUUACCCUAACCCACCCUUCUCCCCCCCCUGCCCAGACAGCCUGGCCUCCGAUGCCAUCUCCGUGUACAGCCUGAGCUCCAUCGCAUCCUCCAUGAGCUUUGUCUCCAAGUCUGAGAGCACAUCUGACUACAUGAGCCACAGGGCCCGGCAGGACCUGGAGCGCCACCGGGGCCUCUACCCUCACAAGGCCUCGGUGCCACGCAGCCGAUCCUCCCCGCAUGGUGGGGUGUCUGCUGGGAAAGACGACGAGGAGUACGAGGGGUUCUCCAUCAUCAGCAGUGAGCCACUGGCCGGGAACUCGGACUCAUUGCCCCUCCCACCAGGCCACAAGCCCAUGAGAGGCGGGGUGCGAAAUUCGGAGGCCUGCUACGGGGCGUCAGUGUCUUCUCGGGGCAGCAUUAGUACUCCCACUUCUCCCAUCAAAAUGACCCUUAUCCCCAGCCCAAAUUCCCCCUUCCAGAAGGUGAGCAAGGUCACUAGCUCAGACACAGGAGAGUCAGAUCAGUCCAGCACAGAAACAGAUAGCACCGUAAAGUCCCAGGAGGAAAAGACCACCAAACUGGACCCACAAGAACUCGCCCAGAAGAUCCUGGAGGAGACCCAGAGCCACCUUAUUGCAGUGGAGUGCUUGCAGAGGAGUGGCAGCCAAGCUAGCUCUGCCAGUGAACCUGCCGGAGGGGCCUCUACCCCCACUGGUGGCUCUGCCUUCAGAUCUUCCGAGACCAGCGCGUUCAGUCGCCCACACAGCGCUAGCCUCAAGAGCCAGUCAUCCCCCAUGACAGUGAGGCCUAAGCCUCCUUCCCGGACCUCCUCCCUGCAAAAGGUCAGCUCAGGAUACAACAGCCCGGCCACCUCUGAGACCUCUCUAAAAGACCAGCAGAGUGCCCACCCCUCACCCACUCUUGACACCCAUGGCUCCCUGGCCCAGUUCAAGCUGAAGUACCCCAGCUCCCCAUACAGUGGUCACAUAUCCAGGUCACCCAGCAACAUGUCCCCAAGCUCAGGUCACCAGUCUCCAGCUGGGAGCAACCCCUCGCCUGCCCUCUCGUACUCCUCCACCGGCUCAGCCCGCUCCAGCCCGGCUGAUGCCCCAGACCUGGACAGGCUGAAGCUGGCCGCCAUCGAUGAGAAAGUCCAGGCCAUCCACAACCUCAAGACAUUCUGGACUAACACGUCUCCGCACCCCCCGGGGCCGGUGAGAGCUCUGCGGGGGAACAUCGGCACCACCAAGAGGGAUGUCCUCAGCCUGCUCAACCUCUCGCCACGCCACGGCAAGGCGGAGAAAGGGGUCGACAACCUCGAACUCAAGGAGCUGGGCGUGCAGCAGGUGGAGCUGCAGGCCAGGAACCCCCCCAACGGGCACAAACGGCCCGAAACAAACAGGGUGGCCCCAUCUCCCUCUGCCUCCACUAGCAGCAGUCCAGGUGGGCGCCCCAUCAGACUGCCCUCUGGGAACGGCUACAAGUUCCUCUCCCCAGGGAGGUUCUUCCCAUCUUCUAAAUGCUGAGACCUUUUGAAUGAUCUCUGCUUCAUUUUGUUAUUCACUAUUGCUUUGGAACAGUUGCAAGUUUUAAACCAGAAGAUAAUGAGCUGAAAGGCUGCUUAAACGUGUGAAACUGGUCAUUAUUUUUUCAGAGCAAGACUAGCCUUGAAACAAGGGAGUCUGAAGUUUCUUGCAGACAGUUCACUGAACUUUUAGCAAUUUCCUAAGUGUGGAAGAAAACUAAGACAAUGACCAAGAAGACCUGAUGUGCUUUAGGGAGAUUUUGAACACCAAGCAGUAUUUCCUCAGAAACAUAGAUCAUUAGCUGUUUGUGUUAGCCAAGAUGACCCAGCUAUGACUGUACUGUUUUAUUUUAUUUUAUUAUUGUUUUGUAAAUUAAAUUCAGUGUUUCCCAAUCAGUAUUAAACGUUUUUAUAUUAUAAAAAGCAAACAAAACUGUAACAUGUAAAAAAAAGGAUUUCAUAUUUUUAUUGAAAUGGCAAAGGGCAUUUGGCCUGAUUUCUUUGUGAUUUGAGUGUCUAUAUUAAAGCAUGGAUUCUCUUGCUAUUAAAUGUUAAGUACCAUGUAUGACUUUUUAGCACACAAUUUUUGCAAACACAUGGACUGUCAUCCAAGAAAAAGACAUACGUCUCUCUCAGUCAUUUAUCAGUAAAAUGGUUUAAAUAAAACCCAGUUUGCUCUCUUA